GAAAAUGAUGGAUAGAAAUGGUUAUCUAAAUGAUAAAUCUCUAUUUGGAGCUAGUUCUAGUAGAUCUAUUCAGAGAUAAUAAACCUAUAAAAUUGGUAGUUAAACAUCUCGAAGUCACUAUAAUACCAGCUUGUGUGAAAAUGAAAGAGGAGGUUAGAAUUGUAAAAAAAUUAUGACAGAGUUUUUAGAAUAAACAAGAAAUCGAUAAUGUAAGGUUUAAAUAAUAUUUGAUAGCAACAUUUUAAUUUUUAGAUCAGAGAAAUAAAUAAUCAUAAAAUUAAUUAAGAAAUACUUAGAAUUCUUCUGGAUUUAAAAUAAAACCAUCUGGAACAACAUAUUAAAGGAAAUUGGCAACUGUAGUUCCAUUUGAAAAAGGAGUAACAAUAAAUUCUGAUGAAAACAAAAGAUAAUUGAUAAAAGAAGCAGAAAAAUAAUUUUUAGCUUCGAUUAAUGGUUUAAACAAAUAAGAGGUAUUAUCUAAAAUGGAAUUAUUUAUAACAUCGUAAUUAUUAGAAGAUUUUAAAGAAUUAGCAUAAUUAUUUUAGAUUUUUAUGAGAGAAGUGCAAUUAAAUCAUAUGGGUAUAUAUAAAUUAUAAGCAAACACAUUUAAAUAAUCAGAAAUCUAUUAGAAUACUGAAUUAGAAGGAAUAAUUAAAUAAUAAAAAAUUGAGAUAAUGUAUUUGAGAGAGCAAAUAGAAGAAUUAAAAAACGAAUGUAGUAGAAUUAAAAUGGAGAGUUCUAAAAUUAUGGCAGAAUAGAGGGAUUAAUUAAAUAAUGAAAGAAAUCUAAUUAAAUAGUUAAAAUAAAAAAAUUUUGAAUUUGAGAAUAAAGCAAAAAAGUAUAGAUUAAUUGAUAUAGAUAACCAAGCCUUGUAGAUUAAAUUAUAGUUUUAUGAAAGUAAAAUUUAAAAAUUAGUUAAUUCUGAUAAAAAAUAAAGUAAAGGAUCGGAAUCUCCUUUAGGAAAGGAUAAAUCCAUGACUUAAUUAAAUUAAUUAAUUAUCUAAUAAUAAUAAGUAAGUAAGAAAUCUCUUUCAUCUAAUAACACCUUGAAUCAAGAUAGUUAUUCAUUAAAUUAAAUUGAAAUGAAUUAAGAGAAAAUAAUUGAAGUUAGAUCUGUAGAAAUUUAAGUAGAAUUUGAUUUAUUAAGUAAUUUUAUAAAAGAUUCAGUUGCUUAAACAGAUCUUUGUUUAAUUGAAUAUAAAUAUGAUGAUAUUUCAUAAGAAACUAUUAAUUUGGCUUUGGAGUUUAAUAAUUUUAAUUAAUAAAAUGAUUAUUAAAUUAAUUUAGAUGAAAUAGUUUAAAAUUAAACUGAAGGUACAAAUACUCCUUUAAAUUAUGAUAUAUUAUCUGAUUCUUCAAUAAAAUCUAGUGGUAACCAUAAUAAAUUAUUUAGAUUUCAAAAAUAUCAAACCAUAAUCUCAAUAAACUACAAGAUAAUCUAUAGUACAUAGAUAAUCCUUGAAAUAGUCAACACAUAGACCAUAAGAAUUUAAAUAAAAAUAAAUAGUGCAAUUUAUAAAUUUCUAAAAAUUUAGGAUUACUUAAUUGAAUAAUUAAAUUGAAGAAUUAAGUUAAUAAUUAUAAGAGAAUUAUUAAAGUAUUGAUGGGAUUAGUAAAUUGAAUUAAAAACUAGAGAGUGAAAAUUUAUAGUUAAAACUAAAUAUUAGUGAAUUAAAAGGAAAAAUGCAAUUAGUUAAAAUAGAUAAAAUUAACUCUGAAAAUGACAUAGUGGAGAAUAAUUAGACGAAAUGUGCUGAUACUAAAACAGUUAGUGGUAGUAAAUAAAAAGAAGUUUAAGCAACAACGGUAGGAAAAGAACCAUAAUUAGGAUAGAGAGUAUGUAAAUUGAUUAUAUUUUAGAUUACAAUUUCAUAUGAUUUUCAAAAGAAUCAAUCUAAAUUUUUAAUUGAAAAAAUAAAGUAGAAAAAAUUUGGAUAGAUAUCAAAUGUAAUUCCUAUAAAAUUGAUUCUAAAAUAUAUUACAACCCUCUACUAAGAAAAAUUAUAAAGUUAGAAGGAAAAUAAGCUAUUAAAAGAUUAAGAUAUGGCAUCAUUUAUAUAUAAUUAUUAUUUGAAAUAAUUUGGAUAUACAAAAGUAACGGAGUAAAAAUUUUUGAUUUUGUUAAUAUCAAUAUAAAAAAAUAUUGCAAUAGUGAGAGUAAAUGUUUUUGCAAGGUUUUUAGGAUUAUUAGAAGAUAGUUCUAAUUUUAGUUUGGAAGAAUAGAAAAAGUAUUUAGAAGCAUUGGAUUUAAUUAAUAGUAUGACAAAUUAUGGAACAACAAUAAAGAAUAAUGAAGCAAAUAGUCAAUAAUUAGUUCCUUAUAUAAGAGCAUUAGCUUAUUUGGAAUCUUUGUAUUAUUUUAAAUCAUAAGAUAAAUACAUUUAACUAAGAAAGGAAUUGGAUUCAAUAGUAGAGAAAGAUGUAUCUUAAUAAAAUAGAGAUGGAGUAUUAGAUUUUGAUUAGAUGAUGUUAAAAGUAUUAAGAUUAUUUAGAGAUAAUGUAUAAAGUAUUUAAACAUUUGUAAUAAAUGCAUUUAAUGCAAGCGAUUUAGAUGGAAAUGGUAUGUGUAAUUUAGAGGAGUGGUUAACUUUAAAUAAAUAUAUAGAGAAUAAGAAAUAUGAUUAAGUUAAACUAUAGAGCAAAUUUUAAGAAAAUGCAGAUCUAGUAUGUGAUGGAGAGAAAUAUUUAUCAUUUGAUCGCUUUUCAAUUUUAUGUUUAGAAUUGGAUAUAUUUAGUGAUAAUUCUUAGAAUAAUUUUUUAAAUGUUUAAAGUAUAAAUAUAUUAUAAAUAAUAAUAGAUAAUGAAGAAGUGGAAUAGAAAUUUGGAUUGUUGAGAGAGAAUUGGGGUUUUGAAUAUUAAAAUUAAUUGAAUAAGAUAAAUUAAUCAAGAAUGAAUGAAGAAUAAAAAACAAAAUGGCUUGAAAUUUUAUCUGUAUUAGAUGAUCAUAUAGUGAGUAAUCCUGAAUAAAAGAAACCAAUAUUAAUAGCAUGGUAAAUAUAUUUAUGUGAAACAGAAUUACAUUUUAAUAAUUAAAAUGAAGAAAUUUAAGAAUGA